UUUGUUUUUUAAAAACCUUACAUGAAAGCUCAAUUUGUAAAAUAAAACCAAAAUAUUCAGGAUGAGAGCUUAUUGGGAGGAAAUGGAGGGAAAGAAGGCCUAAGUCCUCUCUUCAUUUGGAUGGUUAAAGAUUACCCAGUACUCCGAGAAGCCCAAUUUGAAAACACAGAAUGUUUACGCAGUGUUUUAUGUGUAUUAUUUUACAGUCAUUUUUUUGAGACCAGUACUGUUAUAAUCCCCAUUUACAGAUGAAGAACUGAGCUUCAAAAUGAUUGUCUUGCCUAGGAUUACAUAGCUGGAUUUUGACACUUCAUGACAUGUCAUUAUUUAGAGCAAUAAUGAAUAUUGAUCUGUUUUGGAUUAGUUGAUGACCUUCAGAAAUGAUGCAAUAAUAUCUACUAUAGAGAAGCUGAAUAUACUCCAUUUGGAGUGAACAACUGGAUUGUUACAGAAUUUUCAAGAUGACAGAUCCAAUGAUGGACUUUUUUGAUGAUGCCAAUCUUUUCGGUGAGACCUUAGAAGGCUUGUCGGAUGAUGCAUUUGUACAACCAGGACCUGUUUCACUAGUUGAUGAAUUGAAUUUGGGUGCAGAAUUUGAACCGUUGCACAUAGAUUCACUGAACCAUGUUCAAAGUACUCCAGCACAUCAGAAGAUGACUGAUUUUGAACAGUUAAAUCAAUUUGAUUCAAUAAAAUUUCACCACGUUAAUCAAUCUUUUGGUAGCCCAGCUGAACAUGUAUUAUCUCCACACUCUCAGUUUAAUUGUUCUCCAAUCCACCCCCAAAACCAACCCAAUGGUUUGUUUCCAGAUGUAUCAGAUGGCAGUCCAAUGUGGGGCCAUCAGACAUCUACUAACAUUUCAAAUCAAAAUGGAUCUCCUUUUCAUCAACAAGGACAUUCACACUCUAUGCAUCAAAAUAAAAGCUUUGUGGCGCACCAUGACUUUGCCUUAUUUCAGGCCAAUGAACAACAAACACAGUGCACUUCACUACGCUCACAACAAAACAGAAAUAAUCUCAACCCAGGGCAGAAUUCUCUUAGCCAGUCUAAAAAUUUUAUGAAUGUUUCUGGUCCACAUAGAGUCAACGUUAACCACCCACCACAAAUGACUAAUGCAUCUAAUUCACAACAGUCUAUUUCAAUGCAGCAAUUUUCUCAAACGUCGAAUCCUUCAGCACACUUCCACAAGUGUAGCAAUCAUCAAGAAGGAAAUUUUAAUGGACCUUCCCCAAAUAUGACUUCUUGUUCUGUCAGCAAUUCACAGCAAUUUUCUUCACAUUAUUCCUUUUCCAGUAAUCAUAUAUCACCAAACAGUCUACUUCAGUCCUCUGCAGUUCUUGCACCUAAUCAUGCAAAUCAGACUUUAUCUGAUUUUACUGGAAGUAAUUCCUUUUCACCUCAUAGAGGAAUCAAGCAAGAAUCUACUCAGCAUAUCCUAAACCCCAAUACAUCAUUGAAUUCAAAUAAUUUCCAAAUAUUGCAUUCGUCACAUCCUCAGGGUAAUUAUAGCAAUUCAAAAUUAUCUCCUGUGCACAUGAACUUCCCAGAUCCUGUUGACUCAGGAACUCAAAUGGGCCAUUUCAAUGAUCAUGUAGAGACUAAUGGCUUUUCAUCUUUAGAAGAGAAUUUACUUCAUCAAGUGGAAUCUCAAACUGAGCCAUUCACAGGACUUGACCCCGAGGACCUCCUUCAGGAGGGACUUCUUCCUCACUUUGAUGAGUCAACAUUCGGGCAAGAUAAUUCAAGUCACAUUUUAGAUCAUGACCUUGAUCGGCAGUUUACUUCGCAUCUUGUAACACGGCCUUCUGAUAUGGCUCAGACUCAGUUGCAAAGUCAGGCUCGGAGUUGGCAUUCAUCAUUUUCUAAUCAUCAGCAUUUACAUGACAGAAAUCACCUAUGUUUACAGCGACAGCCUCCAUCUUCCAAGAAGAGCGAUGGUUCUGGGACAUAUACUAAGUUGCAGAAUACCCAGGUGAGGGUCAUGUCUGAGAAGAAGCAGAGAAAAAAGGUGGAAUCAGAAAGCAAGCAAGAAAAGGCUAAUCGUAUAAUAUCAGAGGCCAUAGCAAAAGCAAAGGAGCGUGGGGAACGCAAUAUUCCACGAGUAAUGAGCCCUGAAAACUUUCCUAGUGCUUCAGUUGAAGGAAAAGAGGAAAAGAAAGGUAGAAGGAUGAAAUCCAAGCCAAAGGACAAAGACAGCAAAAAAACAAAAACGUGUUCUAAGUUAAAAGAGAAGACAAAAAUUGGCAAACUCAUUAUUACAUUGGGUAAGAAACAAAAAAGAAAGAAUGAGUCUUCAGAUGAAAUAUCUGAUGCAGAACAGAUGCCACAGCAUACAUUAAAAGAUCAAGACUCUCAAAAAAGAAGAUCAAAUCGACAAAUUAAAAGAAAAAAAUACGCAGAAGAUGUAGAAGGGAAGCAAUCUGAAGAAGAGGUUAAAGGUUCUAUGAAAAUAAAAAAGAAUUCAGCUCCUUUACCUGGUGAACAGCCUUUACAGUUGUUUGUGGAAAAUCCGAGUGAAGAAGAUGCUGCAAUUGUAGACAAAAUUCUAUCUUCUAGAAUUGUAAAAAAGGAAAUAUCACCUGGAGUGAUGAUUGAUACAGAAGAAUUUUUUGUAAAAUACAAGAAUUACUCCUAUCUUCACUGUGAGUGGGCCACAGAAGAGCAGCUUUUGAAAGAUAAAAGGAUCCAGCAGAAAAUCAAACGAUUCAAAUUGAGACAAGCACAAAGAGCACACUUUUUUGCAGAUAUGGAAGAAGAACCAUUUAAUCCAGACUACGUUGAAGUAGACAGAGUGUUAGAAGUCUCUUUUUGUGAAGAUAAGGAUACUGGUGAGCCUGUUAUUUACUACUUAGUAAAAUGGUGCUCAUUGCCAUAUGAAGAUAGUACUUGGGAACUGAAAGAAGAUGUAGAUCUUGCAAAAAUAGAAGAGUUUGAACAACUGCAAGCUUCAAGGCCUGACACAAGACGUUUGGACCGUCCUCCUUCUAAUAUUUGGAAGAAAAUAGAUCAAUCCAGGGACUAUAAAAAUGGCAAUCAACUCAGGGAAUAUCAACUAGAAGGACUCAACUGGCUCUUGUUCAAUUGGUACAAUAGACGAAACUGCAUUUUAGCAGAUGAAAUGGGUCUUGGCAAAACUAUUCAAUCAAUUACAUUCCUCUACGAAAUCCUUCUGACUGGUAUAAGAGGACCUUUCCUGAUUAUUGCUCCACUUUCUACUAUUGCAAACUGGGAGAGAGAGUUUCGUACGUGGACUGAUAUUAACGUUGUGGUUUAUCAUGGGAGCCUGAUUAGCAGACAGAUGAUACAGCAAUACGAGAUGUACUUCAGGGAUUCACAGGGGCGUAUCAUUCGAGGAGCUUACAGAUUCCAAGCUAUCAUCACCACUUUUGAAAUGAUUCUUGGAGGCUGUGGAGAGCUUAAUGCAAUUGAAUGGCGAUGUGUGAUUAUUGAUGAAGCACAUAGGUUAAAAAAUAAAAAUUGUAAACUCUUAGAGGGCCUGAAACUCAUGAAUCUGGAACACAAGGUGCUUUUGACUGGCACACCUCUCCAAAAUACAGUUGAAGAACUAUUUAGUCUUCUUCACUUUCUUGAACCCUUAAGGUUUCCUUCUGAAUCAACAUUUAUGCAAGAAUUUGGGGAUCUGAAAACAGAGGAACAGGUACAGAAACUUCAGGCUAUCCUGAAACCAAUGAUGUUGAGACGAUUAAAAGAAGAUGUGGAAAAGAAGUUGGCACCUAAAGAAGAAACCAUCAUUGAAGUAGAACUUACUAAUAUUCAAAAGAAAUAUUACCGGGCUAUCUUGGAAAAGAACUUUUCUUUUUUAUCCAAAGGAGCAGGACAAACUAAUGUACCUAACUUGGUCAAUACCAUGAUGGAGCUCAGGAAAUGCUGUAAUCAUCCAUAUCUUAUCAAAGGUGCUGAGGAGAAAAUACUUGGAGAAUUUAGAGAUGCAUAUAAUCCAGCUGCUUCUGAUUUUCAUCUUCAAGCAAUGAUUCAGUCUGCUGGUAAAUUGGUCCUUAUUGAUAAAUUGCUUCCCAAAAUGAAAGCCGGAGGUCAUAAAGUGCUCAUCUUCUCUCAGAUGGUUCGCUGCCUUGACAUCCUAGAGGACUAUCUCAUACAUAAAAGAUAUUUAUAUGAGCGAAUUGAUGGCAGAGUCAGAGGAAAUCUUCGGCAAGCUGCUAUAGAUAGAUUUAGUAAACCUGAUUCAGAUAGAUUUGUUUUUCUCCUGUGUACCCGAGCUGGUGGGUUGGGCAUCAACUUAACUGCAGCUGAUACAUGUAUAAUUUUUGAUUCUGAUUGGAAUCCUCAGAAUGAUCUUCAGGCUCAAGCUCGUUGCCACAGAAUUGGUCAGAACAAAGCAGUUAAAGUCUACAGACUGGUAACUCGUAACUCAUAUGAGAGAGAGAUGUUUGACCGAGCCAGUUUGAAACUGGGCCUAGAUAAAGCUGUGUUACAGAGCAUGAGUGGAAGAGAAAGUAAUGUUGGUGGUAUUCAGCAGCUUUCCAAAAAGGAAAUAGAAGAUCUGCUUCGAAGAGGUGCUUAUGGUGCCAUUAUGGAGGAAGAAGAUGAAGGCUCUAAAUUCUGUGAAGAGGAUAUCGAUCAGAUUUUACUACGUCGUACAAAAACCAUUACAAUUGAAUCAGAAGGACGUGGGUCAACAUUUGCCAAGGCGAGUUUUGUGGCAUCUGGAAACCGGACAGAUAUUUCUUUAGAUGAUCCCAACUUCUGGCAAAAAUGGGCUAAAAAGGCAGAAAUAGAUAUAGAGGCCAUCAGUGGCAGAAACAGCUUGGUUAUUGACACUCCAAGAAUUAGGAAGCAAACAAGACCUUUUAGUGCCACAAAAGAUGAAUUGGCUGAAUUAUCUGAAGCUGAAAGUGAAGGAGAUGAAAAGCCCAAACUCCGGAGACCCUGUGACCGUUCCAAUGGCUAUGGAAGAACCGAAUGCUUUAGAGUUGAGAAAAACCUGCUAGUUUAUGGGUGGGGCCGAUGGAGAGAGAUUCUAUCUCAUGGCCGUUUCAAAAGGCAGCUAAAUGAACACGAUGUAGAGAUAAUUUGCCGAGCCCUCUUAGCAUAUUGCCUUGUUCACUACCGAGGAGAUGAGAAGAUUAAAGGUUUCAUAUGGGAUCUCAUUACUCCAACUGAAGAUGGACAGACACGAGAGCUACAGAAUCAUCUAGGCCUAUCAGCUCCUGUACCCAGGGGUCGAAAAGGGAAGAAAGUAAAAACUCAAACAAGCUCAUUUGAUAUACAAAAAGCAGAAUGGCUUCGAAAAUAUAAUCCCGAGCAGCUGCUUCAAGAUGAAGGCUACAAAAAACAUAUAAAACACCACUGUAAUAAGGUUUUGCUUCGUGUGAGAAUGCUGUAUUAUCUCAAGCAAGAAGUUAUUGGAAGUGAGUGUCAGAAAGUAUUUGAUGGAGUUGAUGCAAGUGACAUUGAUGUUUGGGUACCAGAACCAGACCACUCAGAAGUUCCUGCUGAGUGGUGGGAUUUUGAUGCUGAUAAGUCACUCCUUAUCGGAGUUUUUAAACAUGGAUAUGAAAAAUAUAACACUAUUCGAGCAGACCCAGCAUUAUGCUUCUUGGAAAGAGUGGGAAAACCUGAUGACAAAGCAGUUGCUGCUGAACAGAGAGCGAAUGAUUAUAUGGAUGGGGAUGUGGAAGAUCCAGAAUACAAACCUGCCCCAGCCAUCUUUAAAGAUGAUAUAGAGGAUGAUGUUUCCUCACCAGGAGAUCUUGUUAUAGCAGAUGGAGAUGGUCAACUGAUGGAGGGUGAUAAAGUAUAUUGGCCUACUCAGUCAGCUUUAACCACACGUUUGAGGCGUCUCAUCACUGCAUACCAGCGUACUAAUAAAAACAGACAAAUUCAACAGAUACAACCAACUUUCUCAGUGCCUACCAGUGUAAUGCAGCCUAUUUAUGAGGAAGCCACUCUUAAUCCUAAAAUGGCAGCCAAGAUAGAAAGACAGCAAAGAUGGACAAGAAGAGAAGAAGCUGACUUUUAUAGGGUUGUAUCUACAUUUGGAGUCGUUUUUGACCCUGACAGAGGCCAGUUUGAUUGGACAAAAUUUAGAGCUAUGGCUAGGCUACAUAAGAAAACUGAUGAUAGUUUGGAAAAAUAUUUGUAUGCAUUCAUGUCCAUGUGUCGGAGGGUUUGUCGUCUUCCUUCCAAAGAAGAAUUGGUGGAUCCAAAUAUUUUUAUCCAGCCCAUCACAGAAGAACGUGCUUCUAGGACUUUGUAUCGCAUUGAACUUCUAAGGAAAGUACGGGAACAGGCCCUUCGACAUCCACAGUUGUUUGAACGCUUAAAGCUUUGUCAUCCAAAUCCAGAUUUACCAGUCUGGUGGGAAUGUGGCCCUCAUGAUAGGGAUUUGCUUAUUGGUGCUGCCAAACAUGGGGUGAGCCGAACAGACUAUCACAUUCUUCGUGAUCCUGAACUCUCAUUUAUGGCAGCUCAGAGGAGCUACAGUCAAAGUAAGAUAGCUCAUUCAAGGACUUCUACCCCACUUUUACAGCAAUAUCAAGUAGCACUUUCUGCUUCUCCUCUUACCUCUCUACCUAGGCUCCUAGAUGCUAAAGGUAUUAUUCUAGAGGAGAUGAAAGUUAAAAGUGAAAACCUUAAAGAGGAGCCUCAGUCUUCUGAAGAAGAAUCUAUGUCUUCUGUGGAAACCAGGACACUAAUAAAAUCUGAGCCUGUAAGUCCAAAGAAUGGUGUUUUACCACAGGCUACUGGAGACCAGAAAUCUGGUGGAAAAAAUGAAACAGACAGACGCAUGGUUGCAGCCAGAACGGAACCCCUAACUCCAAACCCAGCUUCUAAGAAACCAAGAGUCCACAAAAGAGGAUCGGAAUCCAGCUCUGAUUCUGACUCAGAUUCUGAGAGAUCAUCCUGUUCUUCCAGAUCAUCUUCUUCCUCAUCGUCCUCCUCUUCUUGCUCCCACUCUCGAUCAGGCUCUAGUUCUUCUUCAUCUUCAUCUUGUUCUUCAGCAUCUUCUUCAUCCUCCUCCUCUACCUCUUCCUCCUCCUCCUCCUCUUCAUCUUCAUCAGAAGAAAGCGACAGUGAUGAAGAGGAAGCCCAAAAACGAGCAGAAAGUACUACUCACAUGAAAGCCUAUGAUGAAGAAAGCGUCGCAUCACUGAGCACUACGCAGGAUGAGACUCAGGAUAGUUUUCAGAUGAACAAUGGGACACCAGAGUCUGCUUACAUCUUACAAGGUGGAUAUAUGCUGGCAGCCUCAUAUUGGCCAAAGGAUCGUGUGAUGAUCAACAGGUUGGACAGUAUUUGUCAAACAGUUCUGAAAGGAAAGUGGCCUUCAGCUAGAAGAAGUUAUGAUGCUAACACAGUGGCUUCUUUCUAUACCACAAAACUGCUGGACAGCCCUGGAGCAGCUACAGAAUACAGUGAGCCCAGUGUACCCACUCCCCCAGGUGCCGGUGUUAAAGAAGAACAUGAUCAGUCAACACAGAUGUCAAAGGUGAAGAAGCAUGUACGAGAAAAGGAGUUUACAGUGAAAAUCAAAGACGAAGGUGGUUUGAAGUUGACAUUUCAGAAGCAAGGGCUUGCUCAGAAAAGACCAUUUGAUGGUGAAGAUGGUGCUCUGGGGCAGCAGCAGUACCUCACUCGGCUUCGAGAGCUUCAAAAUGCAUCAGAGACCAGCCUUGUCAAUUUCCCAAAAUCCAUACCAGUAUCAGGUACUUCCAUUCAACCAACCCUUGGUGCCAAUGGUGUGAUAUUAGACAACCAGCCUAUAGUCAAAAAAAGGCGAGGAAGGAGGAAGAAUGUAGAAGGUGUUGACAUCUUCUUUUUUAACAGAAGUAAACCACCUAAUCAUGUUUCUUUAGGCUUAACCUCCUCACAGAUCUCCACAGGGAUAAAUCCAGCACUAUCCUAUACUCAGCCUCAAGGAAUUUCUGAUACAGAAAGUCCAGUUCCAGUUAUUAAUCUUAAAGAUGGAACAAGACUUGCAGGAGAUGAUGCACCAAAGAGAAAGGAUUUGGAAAAAUGGCUUAAGGAGCAUCCAGGUUAUGUGGAAGAUUUGGGAGCUUUUAUUCCUAGAAUGCAGCUUCAUGAGGGAAGGCCCAAACAAAAAAGACACCGUUGCAGAAACCCCAAUAAACUUGAUGUGAAUAGUCUCACUGGAGAAGAACGUGUUCAACUGAUUAACAGAAGAAAUGCUAGAAAGGUUGGAGGUGCAUUUGCUCCCCCUUUGAAAGAUUUAUGUAGAUUCCUAAAAGAAAAUUCAGAAUAUGGAGUAGCUCCUGAAUGGGGAGAUGUUGUUAAGCAAUCUGGAUUUCUUCCAGAAAGCAUGUAUGAACGUAUUCUCACUGGUCCCGUGGUGAGAGAGGAAGUAAGCAGGCGGGGGAGACGGCCUAAAAGUGGAAUUGCAAAGGCCACAGCAGCAGCAGCAGCUGCUGCAUCUGCCACCAGUGUUUCAGGCAAUCCUUUGUUAGCCAAUGGAUUACUUCCAGGUGUGGAUCUCACAACUCUUCAGGCCUUACAACAAAACCUACAAAACUUGCAGUCACUGCAAGUAACUGCAGGGUUGAUGGGAAUGCCUACUGGCCUUUCUUCUGGAGGAGAAGCUAAAAACAUGGCUGCUAUGUUCCCCAUGCUGCUGUCAGGAAUGGCUGGAUUACCAAAUCUAUUGGGCAUGGGAGGACUCCUGACAAAGCCUACAGAAUCUGGGACAGAAGACAAAAAGGGAAGUGACUCUAAGGAGUCAGAAGGAAAAAAAGAAAGGACAGAGAGCCAAAGUUCAGAGAAUGGUGGAGAAAACUCUGUGUCAAGUUCUCCUUCCACGUCCUCUACUGCUGCAUUAAAUACAGCUGCAGCUGCCAACCCAUUAGCUCUUAACCCACUAUUACUAUCUAAUAUACUUUAUCCAGGGAUGCUUCUCACUCCAGGCCUUAAUCUUCAUAUUCCAACUUUGUCCCAGUCCAAUACUUUUGAUGUACAAAACAAAAACAAAAACAGUGACUUAGGCUCGUCUAAGUCUGUAGAAGUAAAGGAAGAAGAUUCCAGAAUUAAAGAUCAGGAAGACAAAGGAGGAACUGAACCAAGUCCUCUCAAUGAAAACAGCACAGAUGAGGGUUCAGAGAAAGCUGAUGCUUCAUCUGGAUCUGAUAGUACAUCAUCGUCAUCUGAGGAUUCAGAUUCUAGUAAUGAAGACUGAUUCCCAGACUCUGCACUUAAAAUAUGAACUGAUUUUGGAUUUUUUCUUUAAUAGUUAAUUGUAAAUACCCCAGUGUUGAGUGCAUCAAUAACUUACUGACCGAACAUUUCAGUUAUUUGUUUAGAAGUGCAAACUGCUUUCAGAGACAUUUUGCAUGUAAUAUUUCUUAAGAUUCAUAAGUUUCUGAACUCGUAUGUACUAUCAAAUACAUAAAGGUGUAAAAUUACAACAAAAGGCAUUAUAAUUUUGUUGGGGGUUAAUUUUAUGAAAAUUAUGCUCAAUAAGAGUUGUAUAUUUAAUAUAUUUGCAGUGAACACAGAAUACUUUAUGCAUAUUACUGAUUUAAUUUGAAUAUAGUUUUACAGCCUCCUUGACACCUAUAAUUUACAGAUCAAAACUCAGCAAUAAUUUGGGCAGCUAAUGAAUGUCAUGAAAGCUGUAGAAUCUACAUCACCAUCCAUUGCUUUAAUUACAUGAAAAUGCUCUAGUGUUGUGAUGCACUGCUGAUGUUUCCAAUUCAGGUACAAGUAUGUUUUAAAGAAGAAAUAAGUUUCCCAAUCAGCCAAUUUAACUGGCUACCUGUUACCUCAGCUGAGUUAGUUUAGGAAGUUUACAUUCGUUUCUAAUUCUAUACUUGUUUUCAGGGGUUUUUUAAACACAUCCUAUAUAUCAUGUUAAUCUGGCAAGAAAUAUGACUUGCUUUUUGCUGAGCUUAAUUCAGAUAUCAGUAAAAUUAAGUCAUAAAAUAAUCGUGUCAUGUGACUUUGGCACCCUAUAGACAUACUUAGUUUUAACUUUUCAAAGUUUUGGCCUCCUAUUAGAAAUAAUCAUGUCUCAGAUGAGUAAUGUCUGUUUCCAGGGUUCACAAAAGGCAAACUCAUGAAAUGCCACUGAAAAGAACUUUCAACACAGCAUACUUCAUGUAAAAGAAAUUGUUUGUUUGCUUUCUUUGUGUAGAUUUCUAUUUGUGUUUUAUGUCAUGGAAAUAUUCCAGAAUUAACAGAUAAUAGUGGUAAAGUAAUAUGCAGAUAGUCUAAAUUCAUUUUGAGUUUCUAGGUGUAAGCAGACUAAAUGUUGCCCAGAAUCAGUGUUGGGUUAUCAGUUUAUAUUAAAUAUACUGAGUUGCCCAUUUUGAAAAUGCACUUUGAAUAAUCUCAAAAAGAUGUACAAGUUAUACCUACAAACCACAAAAGUGAAGCCCAAGGCUUCUGUUCAAUUUCAUAGAAUCCUUUACCAUGUAAAAUUUGUCUGAUAUUUGAUUUGUGAUACAAUUUCUCCUGCUAAAGCUGCUAUUAUUCUGACAAGGUAGAGGUCCAGGUUCACCUUCAUAUAUCAUACAUAUUUAAAACAAUUAGUACUGAAUUGGACAUAAAAAUAUUGACAUUCUAAGGAGAGAUAUAUGUUAGCAUUUUUCUGGUACUCAAAUAAGUUAGUGGUAAAGUCUGCAAGGGCGUAAAUUUAGGGGGAAAAAGUAUCCCAGUUCUCUCCUGCAGAAAAAAUACUUUCAGUAUGUUUUGAUAGAACUGUUGCUUUGUCAUGAGUUAAGCAAUUGUAUCAGGUUUUCCAAGACCUUUACCAGUAAAUUAUGUUUCUGUAUGUAAAAUAACCCCUUAUUAGAGAGACAGUGUUAUAUGUAUUUACAAAAUUAUAUAAGUUCCAUUGGGAUUGUAUUGAUUUUGUAUUUUCCCAAAAUAGUACUUUGAAUUGAUAGUCCUUUAUGCAAUGUCUUAGCAAUAGUCUCUAUAAUGCCCAUCCAGGAGAAGUGGGUAGUAAUUCUUCAUCAUGAAAAUGAUAUAUUACAUAUUUAGUAUCUUCCCUUUGCAGUAUUGCACUUUUGUUUAACUAGAAUACACCUAUGAGAUAGCCAAAGUUUUUCAAACACAGUUAACUUAGUUUGCCGGUGGAGUAUUUCAACACCAACCACAUUUCUCUUCCUCCCUCUAAUUCUACCCACAUGAUCUUUAUUCCUUCCUUUCCCCAAUUAAAAAAAAAAAAAAAAAAAAAGGAAAAAAAAAUCUCUAGAUCUUGUCACUAAAAUCUAAUUUAUAUCAAAUUUAUGAGAGAAAGUAUUUUCCUAAUUAUGGUCAAAUAAAUUUGGUUAACAUCCUAGUGAUUCUCUUUCUAUGUAAUAAGGCAAUUACAGUUUUCAAAGCAUUAAGUCUAACAUAACUUUAAACAUUCUCUUAGGUUUCAAGACACUUCUAUUUAAUAUUCAUUGGGGAAAAGUUGUCCAGCUAUCAGCUAAGAAAACACAUGCAAAUAUGGUUGUGUAAAGUUAAGGGUUAUAAGGAAAAAAAAAAAAUCAGUAGAAUUACAUAAUACUAAAGUUGCAGUUGAAAGGAUAUCCAAGUAUGUGUUGGUAGUUACUAAAGGAAUUAUAGCUGUUAUUGCCUUGUAUUUAUAGACCUUGUUUCAGGUUUUAUGAUUCAAGUCUUAGUCCAAUCUUUCUUUUGGACAUUUGCAAUAUUUACCAGUUGUGUUUUGUGUAGUCUAAAUUUGCUUUCUGUAGUUGAGCAAACGUCUUAAAACGUCAUUUGUAAUUUAUUAAAUUACUUUCUAUGAUGUUCUAUAGAGCAAAUGGAAGUUUAAUUAUUUUUUAUUAAACAUAUUCUUUGACUACCCAUGA